AUGCCCAAGAACAAGGGAAAGGGUGGUAAGAACCGUCGUCGCGGCAAGAACGAGAACGACAAUGAGAAGCGUGAACUCGUCUUCAAGGAGGAGGGCCAAGAGUACGCCCAGGUUGUGAAGAUGCUGGGCAACGGUCGCCUAGAGGCACUCUGCUUCGACGGCGAGAAGCGUCUGGCCCACAUUCGUGGCAAGCUCCGCAAGAAGGUCUGGAUCAACCAGGGUGACAUCAUUCUCCUCUCGCUCCGUGACUACCAGGACGAGAAAGGUGAUGUUAUCAUGAAGUACACUGCCGACGAGGCCCGUUCUCUUAAGGCCUACGGCGAGCUGCCUGAGCACGCCAAGAUCAACGAGACCGAUACCUACGGUGGUGAAGGCUUGGACGACAACGUCGAGUUCGACGAGGACCGCGAAAGCGAGGACGAGAAGGAGAUCGAUGUCGACGAGCUCUAA